CUGAGUUUUUGAAAAAACUACAGUUUUUCCAAGGAAAGUGUCUUCGGGAUACAUCAAGGGGAAUUGCGAAUAUAUUUCUUACAUGACAAGGAACUGCGUUGAGUUCAAAUGUUGCUGACUUUGCAAUGUUGUGGUCAGGAUGCAAUUUGUCUAUAAGAAGCUAUGGAAAAGGCAAUUGCUAGUAGUGAGGGGUCAUGGUCAAGAUCUUCACAUUCUCAUUCGGCUGUGGAGAAUGCAUUAUCGGUCAAAGAAAAACUGGGAAGCUGGGAAAUAGACCGAAGAUUAUUAAAGAUAGGAGACAGGAUUGCAUCUGGGUCAUGUGGAGAUUUGUAUCGUGGAAUUUAUCUUGGUCAAGAUGUUGCUGUUAAGAUUUUGAGAUCUGAACAUUUGAAUGACACUCUAGAGGAUGAGUUUGCUCAAGAAGUGGCAAUUUUAAGGUGAAUAAUUUUCUAGCUUUAUCCUCCCUUUGAUCUUGGCUGGUCCCUGCUAGGGAAUUCAUAUGCUUACCAAAUCUAUUGAGAUCUCUUCUCCACUUGUGAAGUUUUAAAGAUCUUCCCAUCAGUUUCUCCCAAUGAAUUUAGAUUAUAAGGGAUAACAUUCAUUGUCCUAAUUCUGGUAAACAGUUGGUUCAAGUAGAACAAGGAUAGGAAAAGGGAUUUUGGAAGGUUACAGCUUUAGUUUCUUUCCACUCUUUUUGUCCUAAGCAUCAAUGCAAUCCUUUAAUCCGAACUGUUUAUUUUUUACGACCUCAUUCAAGAAUCAUUCUUACUAAAAAUCAAUGAAAUCGGAUGGUUUCCACUUUCCACUGAUAUCGGUGGAGCAAACCAAUUUUUCAUUCUAAAUUUUCGAAAUUUUUUGUUAGAAUCAAGUGAAGUAUUGAUGGAACUAAAAAUAUCUUUUUGGAACAUACUUGUACUUUGUUGAUACUGUUAAGCAUUGGAGGCGCUAAUGCUUUUUCUCUUGAGUAUGCAGCAUUUAGGAAGAU